AGCAGGGAUGAUGCUGUUGCUCUGAGGCUCUUCCUGAGGCCAACACAGCAUUUUAAUCAGUCUGGGGUGAUUGCUUCUUGCAAACAGAACCAAGGAGCAGAACAGUGUUUUCCUGGGCUGCAAUCAAAGCUGCCUCAGCCGGGUGCCAGCACUGCUGAAAUCGCUCCCGCUGCUCUAAAAUUAGCUGUGGAGCAGGGAGGCACUCACUGCCUCCCGAGAGUGAUGACCAGGGGCUCCUAACACCCUGAGGAGGAUCUGAGGCUGCAUCCUCACCAGCUUCCCCCCUUCCCCAUCACCUUUACCAGCAUGGCUAGACUCAGUCCGGCCCUGGGUUGCUUCCCUAAGACAUCAGAUGCAACGCAGCUCUUGAGGAUGCACUAACAGGGAAGGAGCAAGCAUCCAGCGAGCCGUGGCAAUGUGUUUCAGGUAGCAAAAGAUGUGCUGGGGGUACCCGGGGAUGGGGCAGUGCCCAGGGCCAAACCCAGUGCCUCGAUGCAGCGGGGUGAGAAAUUUUGCAAGAGGAAGCGGCGGGGCCGCGCGGUGUGAGCGCAGGAAGGGGAGGCGAUGCUGCGCCCCAGGGACCAGACGGCGGGUGGUGAGCGAACCCUGGGGUGCCAAGAGCCGGGGGAGCAAACUGGCAGCUGUGCCCCUUCCAUGCUGCCCCCGCACCACCACGCAGGGAGGCGGGUGGAGGAGGAGAGGGAAGGGUUACCCGGCACGGCUGCCUGUUAAAGAGAAAUAGCUCCGCUGGCUCUGGAGGAUGAGCAGAAGGAGCUAUUGCAGAUAAGCACCGGCAAGCUGAGGAUGUGAGAGCCGGCUCGCUGCUGGCGCGGGAGCCCGAGCGGGGAUCGCCCAUGGUCGCCGGCCCCCCGACCCCCCCGGCGAGCUCUGUGCGCACUCAGCCUCUCGCAUCCGCUGGGCUUCGAUGACCCAUCGGCAGCAGCAUGAGCAGCGGGUACUGCAGCUUGGAUGAAGACCUCGAGGAUUGCUUUUUCACGGCAAAAACCUCUUUCUUCCGGAGCACACCGAGCAAGGUCCCUGCCAAGAAUGUAGCACAAACGGUAGAAGAAGAAAAACCCAAGCCUCCGACCGUCCAGGAGAUCAAACAGAAAAUUGAGAAGUACAAUGCAAAGGUUACAAACUGCUUGUUGAUGAAGCUGAAUGACGAUGGGACAUACACGGGUUUCAUUAAAGUGCAUUUGAAGCUGCGCCGCCCCGUGACGGUGCCGGCGGGGAUCCGGCCGCAGUCCAUCUACGAUGCCCUCAAGGAGGUGAACUUGGCCGAGAUGACGGACAAGAGAACGUCCUUCUACCUGCCACUGGACGCCAUCAAGCAGCUCCACAUCAGCAGUACGACCACGGUGAGCGAGGUGAUCCAGGGGCUCCUGAAGAAGUUCAUGGUGGUGGAUAAUCCGCAGAAGUUUGCGCUUUUCAAGGAGAUGCGGAAAGAUGGGCAAGUGCUUGUGCAGAAGCUCCCGCUCACCGAGUACCCCCUGUACCUGCGGCUGCUGGCGGGCCCCGACACCGAUGUGCUCAGUUUUGUGUUGAAGGAAAACGAAACGGGGGAAGUUGAGUGGGACGCGUUCUCCAUCCCGGAGCUACAGAACUUCUUGAUGAUACUGGACAAAGAGGAGAAGGAGAAAAUCCAGCAAGUGCAAAGGAAGUACGAGAAGUUUAAACAGAGACUGCAACAGACCUUGAAAGAAGCCAGAGGCAAGCCUGGAUAACCCUUCGGGAAGCACUGGCCACCAGACUAAGCUAGAUAAUAUUUUUUAAAUGAAAAAGACGCUUCUCAGGACACCUUAUAGUAGUCACUCUCCCUCUUCACCCUUCUAUUAAGGACUGGAUCACAGCACCCAUAAAAUGAACAUGUUGCAUUUUCUUCUUCUGAAACCUCUUAUCCCAGGACCGGAGCCAGUCCAGGAAUGGGAAGCCUGGUUUAAAACUGCCCAUCAAGAAACCAAACGCAGCUGCUGGUUCGCUUCUCAGCUGUACCAUUGAAUGGCGAAGCUUCAUGGAAAACAGCACUGAACCCACCGAGAACAUCUACGGGCUCGUGUUUUGGGCAGGGUAACGCUUGCCGUUCCCACUCCUCCCAACAACUCACUGGUUCUUGUUCGGAGGUGCCGCGUGGCCGAGUUUUUGUUUCGUAAGUCGAGCGCAGGAAGCAGCAGAUAAAGCGGAGGAGGUUGUUGCACCAAACCACGUGGGUGUUGCAGCUGGAAACAACUGCGGACAGACUUGUUCGGGUCUCAGGCAAGGAAACCUAAAGUUGUGACACCAAGGCAGCUGCAACACCCAGUCUGUUAGUAAGUGCUAUUGAAACUAGGUAAUAUUAAUUCGAGGAAAAGUCAUCCAUUUUGAUUCUAUUUAACUUCAAAUUUUGAAAAUAGAUGUGAAUUGAAGUAAAUAUCCCUGAUGCUUAGCUAAAUUAGCUGGUGUUUUACCGGUUUUCUACUCUGUGGGAAUUGGGACCUGUGAGAAAUUCUGCUUGAAAAGUGUAGAGAUGAUGGUUAUGGCAUGGGCCGGUGGUUCGAUAUAUAGAGCAUUUAGCAAUACAUAUCCAACAGACUAACCCAGGAAAAUGCAAAACCUCUGACAAAUCAAACCCAUGUUGAGCUAUGAACAGGUCUGGCACCAAGGGAGUGUCCAAGAGGGUUAUGACCAGGUUUUGCUCCCUACGUGGAGCUAGGAGAGGACAGCGUGUCCCUCUCUCUCCCUCCCUCAGGGCUCCCACGUCUCCCAAGCAUCCUUCAUACAAAUCCUUGAGCUGGAGCAUCGGUUACUGCCAUAACUCCCACCAGCGACCCUGGUCACACUGAUGCCGGGAUUGCUGAGGGACACGGGAGGCUCGGGGACACUGGUCUGAGAGGGGACGGUCCCCACCUUUACCCUCGGUGCUUUGUCCCCAGCAUGCUGCACACAGCCAGGUCCAGUCUUCCCUCUGUUUACACCGGGUGUUAAGAGAAAACGGAACGUUAAUCCCGGCCGGAUUCAGAUGGAGCACGUGAAUGGGUUUCGUGUUGACUCAAUGAACAAGUGUCCCUUGGCGCUCGCUGUGAUCCCACCUGCGUGAAGCGGGGAGGGAGGGGACCAUGUUUUGGGUAACAGUUACCGCAGAGACAAUGUAAAAGAGUCUAAAACUUACCUCAGUGCCUUUUGUUUUGGUUUGUUUUUUUUCCUUAAGCGUGAAAACUUUGCAUUUGGGCUAAGGAGGAACUUGGAAGGGACUUUUGUCAAGAGGCCUUGGCAGUCCUGUCCCCCAGUUACCCCAAGUCCUGUUGUGACGAGGCUGCUUUGGGCUGUAGAGGGAUGAGGAACUGUUUUGUUUCUUUCUUCAAAGUGACUGCUUGGGAUUUUUGUUUCUUUUUCCCCAGAUUAAUACUUGAGUAUGUUUGGUAUAAGAGAGCAAGUGCAUCACUUAAAGCCCCUCGGUUUGUUUAAACGCCACUUUCUGCAAGCUCAGCUUUAGUCAGUAGUGCGCAAGGGUUUGCUAACAGGGCUUGGCCUCCCAGCUGUACUGUACUCAACAGCCCUAAUAAAGCAGCAUUUUUCAUGCUCUGGGGCUGUUGUCCAUUUACAAGAAUACUCGCUACUUCACUACGCACUCAUGAAGUAAUUUAAGCAACGUUUACCUAGUGCUUUUGAGUCUUGAAGGCGCCAUAUAAAUCCUUCUGUUCAGGCAAGAGCAAGAACCCUGUAAAACCCGCCAUCGGUUCUGAGAUCGAUCCAGCCGCUUGUUUUUAAAUCCCUUCUCUUUCUGGCUAAAGGUUGUGAAGAUUUCUCUUUUGGUUGUUGUUUUCUACUGGCGUUUUGGUGACCAUCUCCCUCUCCCCUCCUGGAACCCAGCAUGUCUUUGACAUUUUGUACAAGGCAUGGCUUCUUAUGCAAUUACCGUGAAUGCUGCUGAAAACCUCCCGCAACGGGGAGGGCUCUUUCUUUGGUUAUUUUUAUUCAAGAUAUGGGGCAUUUGAGGAAUCAGUAGAUAUUGAAACUCCAAUUCUCGAGUCAGUUGAGCUGUGACAAGGAGAGAAGCAUCGGCCCCUUCCUUAAGCGCAAAAUACUGUUGGCAGUGCCUUUGGUUGGUAUAUAUUGUGUUGCCUUGUUUGCGUGAGUUUAUUUUUCAGCUCUAUUGUAAAACAUGUAAAAUAAUGUGUAUAGACUGGAAUAGUAAAGCUUCUAUGGCAAAGUGAAAUGCAUUUUUGCAAUGCUGUAAUUUAUUUUUACUACUCCCUAGUAAUUCUAUGGCAUUUUUAAAAAAAGGAACGGCUCACUUCCAGCUUUUUUUGAAGGUUCUGAAACUAUUUGUUCAUAUGCAGACAGUGUAAAAGACAACAAUAAUAAAACUGUCAGUAAUUAAA